AGUAGAUUUUUUUAGAACCGACUGAAUCUUCAUCAGCAUUAUUUUCGUAAAGAUUUAGAGCUUUAUAUAGAUAUAUGUGGCUACAUAAUGUCUGUGCUUUGUUAUAAUAAGGGAUGUGGGCAACGUUUUGACCCUGACAAGAAUCUCGACGCUGCAUGUACUUAUCACCCAGGAGUGCCUGUUUUCCACGAUGCACUGAAGGGUUGGUCGUGCUGUAAGAGACGCACAACUGACUUUUCAGAUUUCCUCAGUAUUGCUGGUUGUACAAAAGGACCUCAUAACCAGGAGAAACCCCCUGAACCCAUCAAACCUGAGGUCAGGACAUCUGGAGAAAAGAAGGAUGUUGAUGACCUUAAACCAAAGUUUAAUGAGUCUAUCAUCCAGGCACCAAAACCUGUUGAAGCUAUUCAGCGACCAAGUCCAGAUGAGCCAAUAUCAAGAUUGCCACAGAAAGUCUCUGCUUCACUUAAGAAUGCUUUAGAAAAGCUCAAGCUGUCGGAUAAUGCACCUGAGGAAAAAGAGGAGGAAGGCGAUGAAAUUAAGAUUGGUACGUCUUGUAAAAAUGGGGGCUGCACUAAGACCUUCAGUGGAACAGAGAGCAAUGAGGAAGUUUGCUUGUAUCAUGCUGGAGUCCCAAUCUUCCAUGAGGGGAUGAAAUACUGGAGUUGCUGCAAGAGGAAAACAUCUGACUUCAACACUUUUCUGUCUCAGGAGGGCUGCACCAAAGGAAAACACUUAUGGCGGAAAAAAGACAUGGGUAAGAAGGUUGUGCCAUGCAGGUUCGAUUGGCACCAAACAGGAAGUCAGGUCACCAUAACAGUCUACGCCAAAAACUCUAUCCCUGAGCUUAGCCACGUGGAUGCGAACAGUACCCAGCUGGAUAUCCACAUUAUAUUUGACGGAGAUAAGGAAUUUGAACAGAAGAUAAUUUUAUGGGGUGUUAUCGACACAAGUAAAAGCACACUGAACAUGAUGGCUGCUAAGAUUGAGAUUGUUUUAAAGAAAGCUGAGCCAAUGUUUUGGGCACGGCUGGACCUUCCACCUGCAGUCAGUCCACCCAAAGAAGAAGAGAAGAAAAGAGAGUGUGAUAGUGAUAGUGAUGAUGAUGAUGAUGAUGAUGAUGAUGAUUAGAUGAACGUACAGUACUGUAAGAUAUUGCUGACCUUUUCCUAUUAAAUUAAUUCAACAAA